AGACAAUUUGUUAUCACUAAAAUAAAAAAACAACUUAGAUGCAAAUACGUGAAAAAUUUUAAGUCAAACAUGGUGUACAUGUUAAAGGUAUAAGUGAUUUUAUCCUUGUACACCAAAUUCAACGUAGCGUAACGAGUUAAUCAAGGACUUUUAUAUUUAUUUUUGUGUUGUGCAUUCGAAAGGGAAACAAAAAUUUAAUUGAAUAUACCAUUUAUAGAUAAUAUUUUUUUAAAGGACAUUUUAAAAUUUAUUAUACUUGGAAUAAACAGAUAACAUUUAAAUACCAGUAAAAUAUAUAUUAUAUUAUUAACCAGUAAAUGAAAUAAGCUAAUAAUUUCUACAUUUUAUUUCGUUUGAUAUUUUUUUGUGGAUUAUUUUGGAAAUAUAUAUUCCACGUAUCUGAAAUUAGCAUGAUUAAAAAGAAAAAAAUAUAUAAAAACCGGCAAAUAAAAUGAAAGAACAAGAAGAAGAAGAAGAAAUUGAAUAAAUAAUGAAAAAGAAAAAAAAAGAAAUUCUCGAAAAGCUGGAGAAUAAAGAUACCUACAACCUAGUAGCUCUUCUCUUUUUUUUGUUAAUGUAUAUUCAACUCCCUCUCGAUAUAAUCUGUCUUUGUUGAUUUUAUUUAAACUCAAGUAACCUGGGUCCUUGUCUACAACAACUGGCACCGGAUAACUCUCACACGGUAUCAUGAUCACCCACACCACUUGAAUCUGUUGCCUCUUGUCACCUCUUUCUCUCUACUAUCCAGCAGCAUAGCAUUCAAUACAUAAAAAAAAAAAAUAUACAUAUUAAAAAAACUUCAUCAAUGUGGCUACAAAGACAUAUACAUAAGAAAACUACUACCUGGAUAAAUAUAAAGAUAGUAGUUGUAUACCAAGAGGACAAGGAGAAAAAGGCAAACAAGUCAAACUGAGUGUAAUCCCCCACUUUGAUAUUUUGUGGUAAAAGUCACGUGGUUAAUUCUCUUGAACUCAACUCAAAGGAUGUAAUGUUUGCUGGAUCUGCAGAGUUCAGUUGUUGAUCGUCUUUUAACCGGUGAUCAAAUAUUUAUCAUAUUUUUAUAAUAAAUAAUAAAUGAAAAGAAACAGCCAAACAAGUGAUAUAAUAAUAGAAACAAAUACAAUAUGAAAAAACAUUUAUGAAAAGAAUAAAUAAUCUUUAAUAAUAUCAAGAAGAAAAAAAAACACAAGCAACGGGAUUUUGGAAUAACAAGAAUUCCAGAUGUGUCGAUCAAUGAUCCUGCUUACCUGGAUCAUCAUCAUACAAAUAAAAUUAAAAUACAUUGAAAUAGUUGAGUAAGCAGGAAGCUUGAAAAAACGCGGAUAAAAACGAUAAAUUAAUUUAAUAACUGAGGAUUACGAAACUGGUAUAAGUACAGAGUUUGUAUAGGAAGUGAAGAAGAUCAAUUGAACUGCAAUAUAAUGUAGUUAAUAUUUAAACACAUCCAUCGUAUAAAUUUAAAAAAAAAAUAACAAUAAUAAUAAAAGAGAUAAAAAUAAUUUUAAAAUUAUUUUUGAUGUGUGUAAAUAUCUCAAGUGUGUUAACAAUAAUGAUGAUGAUGUAAUAUUUAUUCUCGAGUGGAGGUCAUACUAGUAUUGUUAGAAAAAAAAAAAGAAAAGAUAACAAAUAUUUUCUGACAAUAAUGAAUAGCAACAGUAAUCAAUAUGUUACUCUUGAUUUAAUUUUAUUAUUUAAUAAAAAUAUACAAUAAAUUAGAUAAAAUAUGAAAGAGGCAAAUAUAAUGCAGUUGUCAGCAAGAUCACAUCCACCACCACCAGUACCACCACGUCCAAGUAGACAAGUGGUUGCUGAAGCAUUAAAAAAAUCACCAAGACCACCAUGUCCAACACGUCAAGCACCACCACCACCAAAUACAAAACCAUGGACUCCAAAUAAUAAUAACAACAACAAAAUAACAACAUCAACAAUAUAUAAUCCAGGUCGUACAAUUGUUUAUGAAUCAUCCAAAAAUUUAAAUAAUCAUGAUUAUAAUAAUAAUAGCAACAAACAAUUAAAAAAUUGUAAUGAAAAUAAAAAUCUUAGUCAAAUUAAAAGUCAAGAAUUUCAUGACAAUAGUGAAAGGAUAAAAGUUACUGAUAAUCAUAUAAAUAAUCUACAACAAAAACAACAUGUUACACAAUCAUUAAAUAAUAAUAAUGAUAUUGAAAUUAAUAAAAAUUCAAUAAAUAUAAAUAAAUUAAAUAAUAUUGAUAUUGAUGUUAUGAUAAAAACAGAUUUUGUUGAAAAAAACCGGAAGGAUGUUGUUGUUACAAAUGAAAAUAUCUUGCAGCAAUCCGACAUAAAAGUUCAAGGUACGAAUGAUCACACGAGGGAAUGUAACAUGCAAAUAAGUGGGGAUAAAGUUGAUACUGUUACAGAUGGUAGAAACAAAGAAAAUAUUGAUAUUUUAAAUAAUCAUGAUGUUAUAAAUAAUGAUAAUAAUAAUAAUAUAAUUAAUAAAAAAUUAUCAUUAUCAAUAAAUUCAUUAAAUAAUGAAUUAGAAAUAAUUAAAAAUGAAAAAAAUAAUAAUAUUGAUAAUAUUGAUAAUAUUGAUAAUAUAAAUAAUAAAUUAAAUAUAUAUGAAACAAAUAAAUCAAUUUUUUUGGCUGAUAAAUGUGCUACAGUUGUGAUAAUUGAUGAACCAGAGCGUAAAAUAAUUUUCAAUGAGGACAAUAACGAUAAUAUACAACAUGAAGAUUGGCUUGAAGCUGGUGUCCGUUAUUCAUCGACAAAAAUAAUGUUGCCUGGUGAUGAUACUCUUGCUGAUCGUACAGAUGAAAAUAUUAAUGAUCAAAAAAAUGAUUGUGAUAGUUAUGUAGAAAAUAAAUUUGACCUAGAUUUUACAAGCAUACGAGAAAGAAUAGCAAUGUCGUCACUUCAAGGAUUACCACCAUUGCCAAGAAGUUUGAGUGGUUUUAAUAUUAAUGAAGGAAGAAGAGACGUUGGUGAACCACCACCACCACCACCAGCUAGAUCAUCUAGUAAAACAUCAAAAGGAAUUAAAACUUUUAUGCAAUCAAGCUCUAGACCAUCACCACCUGGUAGACAACUGACAACUCUUGACACACAGCUGGCUACUUUAAGAAAAGAAAUGUUUGGAUUACGACAAUUGGAUUUAUCAUUAUUAUCACAAUUAUGGUCAUUGAAUGAAUCAAUACAAGAAUUUCGUCAAUUACUGCAAGAUCAAGAUGAUCGUGCACCAUCACCAAGCAGUGAAGAAGGUGAUGAUGGUUCAUAUGCAGUACAUCCACCACCACCACCACGUAGACCAGCACCUUUACUACAUCAUCAUCGUCCACCAAGACCACCAAGACCAUUACGUUUACCACUAAGUGAUGAGUCACCUUCAAGUGAAGAAUAUGGAGCUGUUUAAUUUGUCACAUCAUCACCAAAAAUAAAAAAACAAAACUAGAAUUACAUUGAAGUGGUGUUAAUACCUCUUUCAUAGUGUUGAAUUUUAUAAUUCAAAUAAGAAAAAAAAACAAACCUGAAUAGCUUUUUUUUUCUUUAAAUUCCAAUUGACGUAAAGAAAAAAGAAAAUUUAUUUUACGGUGUCUUUAAAGUUUCUGUCCACAUGACAACAGUCCGUCGUAAUUAAAUAAAUUAAAAAAAAAAUAACUAUUAAAGUAAAUAAACAAACUGUUUUUUUUGUUGGAUGGAAUUUAAAUUGUUUUCAAGUGAUCUAAAAGUGACUAUAUAUAAAGACUAUUAAAGUGAUUAAUUUAUUUGAUAUAACAAUAUUGAUUCCAAAUAUAAAUAAAUAAAUAAACUUGAUAUGAGUGAGUGAUUUUAAAAUAUAAAUUAAUAAUAAUGAUAAAAAAUGUUACUUAAAAUUAUUGAAUUAUACAAGCCAAGUUUAUUGCCUUUACGAAUUUAUUUUGUGUAUAUUUUUUUCAUUUAAAUUAAUUGUUAAUUAUGUAAUAUUAAUUGAUUAAUAAAAUGAUAAUAAAAUU